UUAGUGAUGAAAUUUGUUAUUGGCUGUCUGAAAUUUUAGCUUUAUAAAAUUCGUCAAAGAAAAACUGCGUACAUAUCUAAUAUUAUAAACUAGAAUAUAUCUGUGUUAACAUGAACACCUUAGUCAGAAGAAGUUUUCAAGCAUUUAAUACCACAUUGAAGAUAUCCUGUCGCGCAUUUUCAGAAGCUGGAAUAAAUGACAAAAUUGAAAAAAUAGUUAAAAAUAACAAAGUCGUGGUGUUUAUGAAAGGCGUACCGGACGCGCCAAGAUGCGGUUUCAGUAAUGCUGUUGUUCAGAUUAUGAGGAUGCAUGCAGUUCCGUACGAGAGCCAUGAUGUGUUGAGUGAUGAAAAUCUUAGACAAGGUAUAAAAGAUUAUUCGAAUUGGCCUACAAUACCUCAAGUCUUUAUCAAUGGUGAAUUUGUUGGUGGUUGUGACAUAAUGCUGCAGAUGCACCAAUCUGGUGAACUCAUUGAGGAACUGAAGAAAGUGGGUAUAAAAAGUGCACUUUUAACAGCUGAAGAGGCAAAGCAAGGGGAGAAGAAAAAUUAAAAUACCCAUCUCAGGUAUUAUGUAUUUGAUUUUGUAGUUUUCUAUUUGUAUUAGAAAUUAUUGUUUUAAUUCAUUUUAAGUGGUGGUACUGUAUAGAAACAAAGACAUAAUUGUUAAAAUUAAAGUAUUUAUGAAGAAAUCUCUGAUGUAAUAAGAAUUUGUUAAAGUGUGACGAUUUUUUGUUUUUGAAAGCCCAAGUCCUUAUAUUAUUUGUGUUGUUUUAAUAAUUUUGUUGUAAUAGUUAGUGCUUAGUUUUAGGUAGUUAUUGUGAAAUAAAGUAAUGCAAGUUUAAGAGCUCUUUAUUUAAUAAUUAGCUGUACAUUCGAGUUAGUAUACUUUUUGGGCACAUAAUAAUUUUUUCUUAAUCUAAGUACCAUACUCCAUGUAAAAUAAAUUGGUUGGAUUAACAAUGUAGUCAAUAUUAAAAGACGAAAAUAUGGCAGAUCAUUUAUUUACGAGUACUCAUUCAAAAAUACUCUCACAAACGACAAUAAAUAUAUAAAAAAAGAUAAAUAAAUUGAUGCAGGCAAGUUAUGGCAAUCUAUGAUAUAAAUAAUUUGUGUGACACUUCCCUGCACUUAAGAAUUUAGUAAAUUUUAGUUUUGCUACCUUUGAAAUAAAACAUAUUUUUAAUGGUAGUUAUAAAAAUGAAACUUGUAUAAAUAAACUUAAAAUAAAAUAACAAAAACAUUCUCACAAUGUGAAUGAGUCUUAAUUUGGUGUCACACAUUAGUCAAGCCUAACAUUAGCACCAUUUUAUCUUACAAAUAAUUUUGUGACUUUGCUGAGAAUUUCAUAUAAAAGUUAAAAAAUAUCUAAUGCUAUGAUAUAAAUAGAGAGAUUUAAACAAUAUAAAUGAUUUCUCCAAUUUGAGCCAAAGGUUAACAUUACUGAACAAAAAU